UACAAACUUGUUCUCAAAGAUCCUCGUGGUUUCUUUCUCAUUGCCAUCACGAUCCUUCUUGCGAAUCAACCAUGCCAUCCUCCUCCACUAUUAUCAAACAAGUUGCUUCCAAGAUGCUCAUUCUCAGUGAAAAAGACGUUCGUCGGUGCUUGUCCAUGAAGGAUUGUUUGGAAAUCAAUCGCAAGGCAUUAAUGGCCGUUUCCACCAACAACCCUGUCGCCACAACACUCGCCGGAGGAACGGCCACGGUGCCCACUCGCAUUGGACUGCCAGGUCCCGUCACCAACCAAGAGGGUGCCGAAGAUUGGACGUUGUUCAAACCAGCCGCCUUUUAUGCCUCCGCCAAUAGUAGUAAUUCCUUGAUGGGCAUGAAAAUCGUCUCGAUACGAUCCCAGAAUCCAGCCAACCACGGACUCCCCUUGGUGCCCGCCACAAUAAUGGUAUUGGACGCGGAAACGGGAAUUGCCAAGGCGGUCGUCGCGGGAACCUAUUUGACAGGAGCUCGAACGGCAGCUUCCAGUGGGCUAGCGACACAAUUGGUAUUGUCCAAUAAUAAUAAGGAGGUACAACAUCUCGUGGUGUUUGGGGCCGGGUUGCAAGCCGAAUGUCAUAUUGAUGCCAUUCAAACGGCCAUGGGGGCACCCAUUCCCAAAAUCACCCUGAUCAAUCGAACACUCCCACGAGCGGAACAGUUGAAACAACAAAUAAUGAGUGCCAAUCCACAAAAUGCCGUCACCACCACCGAGGUGGAUGUUGUGUUAUUAGACGACAAGACGGCUAUUCAAGAGGCAUUGUCCACCGCCAGUGUCAUUGCUGCCACGACCAAUGUGACACAACCACUCUUUGAGGACGGUAUGGUGUUACCUGAAGGAUGUCAUAUCAAUGGCAUUGGUUCCUAUACACCGGAUAUGCAGGAAAUUCCCGUCAGUGCCGUGGAUCGAUGCCGGAUACUCAUCGAUACUCCGAAUGCCAAAAUGGUGGGAGAUUUGAAGCAUUUGGCAGAAAAAACUAAUACAGAGCAUCCCAUCACAUUACUAGGAGAUGCGCUGGCAGAUCCACAGAGCUUUUCUCCAGCAAACAAUGGCAGUCUGUAUGACUGUACGUUCUACAAGGGGGUGGGAACUGCCAUUCAGGAUGUCAUGACGGCAGACUUUGUCGUCACCAAGGCCAGGGAGCUGGGAAUCGGAACUGAAGUGGAAAUGUAGUUUUAUUAAUUAAAAUUACUACGUUGUAGCUAGAAAGAGCGAUACUGUAAACGUUGCUGUUGCACUGGCUUGUACUGGUAUUGGUG